CUCGGCCUUGCUGGGCUCCCCACUCCCAAGAAUAAUGGUCAUCAGCCUUUCUGACGCCACAUGUGCGGACUCCGGGUACGAUCUUGUGGAGCUCAAGAAGCGGGUCGAAGAGGUCGAGCGGGAAUGGUGGUCAAUGGAUCCCGUUGCAGAGGGCCUCCCAAGAGUAACCUGGAUGUUCGAGGACGUGAACGCCCAGCAUGCAGAGGGGGGAGCGGGGCCGUGGGCCCCAGAGGCGGUCGAGGGUUCCCCGCAAGAGACGUUCGACCACAUCUUCCGGCGCUUCCGCGUUCAGGCGAACAAGAAGUACCGUCACCCGUUCAAGCCCGCGCUCAACUUUGAUAUCAUCCGCGACCCAGGCGUUCAAGCGGGGGUCAACGAUGAGAAAGGCGAAGGCGCGUCCGAACCGCUCCGCAUCGCGUUCGGCGACGCGUCGAAUUACACCGGCCAGCAGGUCCUCGACCUUUUCGGCGGGAGCACGACACUCACGUACGUUCGCCACGACGACCAGGACGACGCAGACCACAAAAUGGGUCCGCUCUCGUUCCGUCCUUGGGACCGCAAACUGCCCCCAUGGUGCACGACUCCCCCUCAUUGGAUUCCUCCCGCCGUUCCGCCAGGUUAUGGUCACGACGCACUCACGGACGUGUCAGACGAGUCACAAUACGUUUGGCGCGCAGUGCCGACGCUCACCCUCCCGGGACUGGGGAGAAAUCUACUUCCUUCGGCCACGUCCCCGUCCCUCAUCGUAUCCCACGUAUUCGUCGUCGCGUCUGCGACAGGAAAAUGCCCUACGCUUCGAGUAGAACUCGGAUCCGACCACGUAGCGGAAAAGGACAAGCGCGCGCCGACGGCGCUCACCAUGCGAGCCAUACGGACCCACCUGCUCGGACGCUGGAUCCACGCGUCCACUAGCGCUCUGGCGACGAAGGCGUCCAACGGCGAUAACGACGAAUUGGCUGAACGCCCAGCGAAGCGUGCUCGCCCGGAGCCAAGUUUGGACAGGAUAGGGAUCGCAUGGGGCUACGAGCCCAGCACGCGCCGGUUAUAUUGCGUUACACUGACCAACGAGGAGUUCGUAGUCGACCUGUCCAUCAAAGCCUCCGAAACGUCUUCCAAGUCGGUCGCCAAUGCUGACUGUCAAAACGAAGGACGGGCGGUCAUGCGUUGCGAGUGGAUUGGACCGGUGAGCUUAAGUGUGGACAGAAGGGCGAUAGCUACCAGGAACGAGUUCAAUGGUUCCUGUCUCAACGAAGAGAGCGAAGAAGCGUACAAUUCAUGGCUCGACACAUUCUAUGGAAGGAUCAGGGCAUUUCGCGCUUCAAACGAUCCCUUCGUAAUAGAGUUGCACGACACGGAUUGCUUCGUCGCGGGAUGCCUAAUGCUUGGCCCUCCUUAUCACGGGUUCCACUGCACAGUAGAAGCCGCCAAGGCAGGUUCAUGGUUAGUCACAGACGUCAACGAGUACUCCACCUCUCGAUACGAAGAGGAGGGCCGAGACGAAAACGGACACGUCCCCAGGGCCCUAUUGACACACUCGGGCAGCACGGAGAGCGAACUCCAGGAUAUUGCUUGGGAAGAAGUCGCCUCUUUCUCCGUCUUUGGCGUUUGGUUCCUCCAUAGUUUGAACGAGCUUCAGAGGAUUGCCUUUGAAUCCCGGGAUUUGGAACAAGCUCUUGAAACCAUCGCCCAUGGGGCAUUCGAGUGGGGGGAAAGGUUACCAGAUGGUAUUGUUGUGCACGAAGACCUAGAUGACGAAACACGCUACAAAAUCCUUGGCAAGAAGGUUGCCGGCGUGUGGGUGCAGCUGAAGGUUAUAUGUACAGGAGAGCUAGCUCAUUCAAAUGUUGUAUCGCAGGACUCGGAUGAGGAAGGAACCCAAAUGUGAGAUUUUGGCGAUCCUGUUUAGCACAUGCUACACGUAGACUCGGUUGCGUGUAGGGUCGAUACAUGCUAUUUUCC